CACAGUUCAAUUUAGGUGUGAGAAAAGAACGAGAUGCUUGUCAAACCGUGACACGCUAGCUGUGGUAUGAUUUGCUACCAUUGAGAACGAGAGAGGAAAAAAGUGAGAGAGCGAGAGGGGUGGCCACCGAAACCAAUCAGGGAUCGUCCAGCACCAACCAUCCGUCGCGUUUAUGAGUAAAGGCGAUCAAUUAGCCGGUCGUCGGUUGACCGUUUGAAAAAUACGCCAAUUUACGCUCACAUCGGCUCUCGAUUGGGGACAACAUGGCUGAGUGUAACGUUAGCAUCGACCAGGACAAACUGCCUGGUGUGAAAGAGGUGUGCAGAGACUUUGCUGUGUUGGAAGACCACUGCCUUGCCUACAACCUCCAGGAACAAGAGAUUGAGAGCCACUUGGCGUCCAAUGUCCACAAGAGCCGGCUGGUGCAGCAGGACCUGCAGGUGGCCAAGAAACUGCAGCAGGAGGAGGAUGAGAUCGCCAAGGUCGUGAUCAAGAAGCAGCAUGUUGCCAUAGAGCGCCACGAUAACGAGAUUGCCCAUGAGAUUCAGGAUCAACUGGUUCGACAGGCUGAGCAACAACGACUGCAGCAGGAGGAAAAGGAUGCGGCUAUUGCUCGUAAGCUGCAUGAGAAAGAGAUGAAAGAGGAAAGGCGUCGACAGAAACACCAGGAUGAAGAGUAUUAUGAGGAUCCAGGAGCUGCGAGACAGCCUCUUGACCUGGACAAGCCCACACGCCACACGUCUAGCUCCCCAGGGCCCUAUGAUGUGCAUUCUCCAGUGAGCUUCCAACGUGAUCAUUCGCCAGUUUCAAAUUCAAUAGAACCCGUGAGGAACAGGCACCCAAAACAGGAUCCAGCAGUACUGAACAGCCGUUCCAGGUACCCCGAGCAUUUCCCGGUGGCAGAGGGUGGCCGGGGGAGACAUGCAGAACCGUAUUCAAAUCAUCUGCAGUCCCCCAAAGGCAGGCAUGGGGACAAUUACCCCGAUUAUGAACCUGCAGAAUCAAGGAGAGCACGUGACAUGGGAGAGGACCCCGAUAGAGCAGUGAGAAAGAAAGAGAGGCCAGCCCAUUCUCCGCUGAGUGCCAAGGAAAGAGACAAGGGCUUGGAGAGAGAGAGGGACAGGAGACUUGAAAGGGACGGUCUCAGGGACAUCGAGCAUGACUAUCAUUUGAGGAAACAUCAAAGGUCAGACAGGGAACAGGACAUGAGGACAACUAGAGGAGGAAGAGAGAGGGAGCGCCUCAGAGAUCGCACACACAGUGAGGACAGGCCUGAAGUGAGAGACAAGCAGACGCACAAAGGCAAAGACGGACAACGAGUGAGGGCCAAGAGCAGGGAAAGAGCGCAUGACGGUGAUUUCAUUGAACCGAGGGGCGAUAGGGUAUCCCGGGAGGAGGAAGAGGAUGAAGCCAGGAGGGCGAGGGGCCGCCAGCGGGUUCAAUCCGGCCCCGACGAUGUGUUUGAAGAGUCUAGGAACAACCGAGGGAGAGGUGACAGCAGAGAGUUGUGGGAACCUUCUGGCAAGCGUACACCCUCCAGUGGUGAGACAGGUCGACUUGUGCACAAAGGGAGUGGAGAAUUUGUAGAAGGGGAGUACGGACCCGACGAGGCUACAAGGGACCUGACCAAGUUGGAUCUGCGUGAGCAGGAACUUAAGGACUUGGAGGUGGCAAGGAGGAUGCACGAGGAGGAAGUCAAGGCAAGCAAGAGCCAUGUGCGAGCAGCCCAAGUUGCACAGGAUGAGGAGAUUGCCCGGCUGCUAAUGGAACAAGAGAAGAGGGAGUACAGAAAGCAUCGAGAACGGGAGAAAGAGCGGGAGAGGGACCGCCAUGAAAAGGAACGAGAAAGGGAGAGGGAGCGCAUGGCGAUGGAAAAGAGGCGACCAGAGGGGGACUACAGGCCAAAUUCCGAGGAUGUUGUCCGACCUCGAUCCAGAGAUGAGCAUGACCCCCAGAGGCACAGGAGUCACCACAAACCUUUCCGGCCACCUCAACCUCGCACCCACGAGUACGAGAAUGUGAACCCUGGUUAUGGCUACGGUGACCACGCUGACUCCCAACGGGCGCCCACCAGACCUGAGGCCGCUUACAAAGCGUUCGAGCUCACCGCCCUCAGCUGCUCCAGUGAUGACCGAGAAGAGGACGUCAAGUCGCCGCAAGGAGGCCCAAAAAAGGCCUGAGGCCCCUCUCUUCUGGAAGAACCAGUAAGGAGUCAGGGGAACCACAAGAGAAUUAUCUAAAGAAGUUAAACCUUUAAUGUCAGUGAACCACUUUCACGUGUGCACCAUUUCAAGCUUUUACUCUUGAAACAUAACACAGGUUAGUUGUCUUCCAUUGACAAGCAAUCCUUCAGGGUGGGCCACGCCCUUCCGCAAAAACACUAAUAACGUUGAUUUCAUUCACAUAUUCACCUCACUCUUUUUGCAGAAGCAUUCGAACCAGGAAGCGUUUUCAUUUGUAUGACACCAAAAAAGAAAAACUGAUCUCCAUGGGAGUCUUCAAAAGUGAGACGGGCCGUUUGGCCAGAGGGCACUUGCUCACUGUGCCUGAUGUAGGAAUGAUAUCUGACUGGUUGGAGCAGCAGCCAAGCCAAAAUGUACAGGGAGUCAACCUUGGAUGCAUCUCAAGGCAAUUAUGAGUUCUUUGUUUAAGCUUGCACAAAGGACAGCCUCAUUUAUUUUUUAGGGAUAGGCCAUCGGCCCUGUACGGUCCAGAUUUGAAGGCAUGAUAAAAGAUUGAAUGUGACAAUGAGACCAUGUUCACAAGCGUUAUUUGAGGAAUACAGCUUGAGGGCUAAGCAAUACAAACGGUAAGGUAUAUGACAAUUUGUAGACACUUGGAAUUGUUUUCUACAGUGGAAACUGAACGAACACAGCAUCAUUUCUUGCCCUUGAAAAUUGUGCAAAAGAAACAUACCCACAGAAUUGGUGUCAUUUGCGUCCCCAGACACACACAUACUAAUGUACUGUAAAAUACCUUUUUUU